AUGUCUUACGGCGGUGGCUACGGAUCAUCAAGAGAUGGCGGUUAUUCUAACGGUUAUGGUGGCGGUCACAGUUAUUCUAAUGGCUACACCAACGGUGGCUACGGCGGAUCCAACGGAUACUCUGGCGGUGGCGGCGAUAAGAUGUCCAACCUGGGCGCAGGCUUGAAGCAGCAAACCUGGGAUUUGAACAGUCUGCCGAAAUUCGAAAAAUCAUUCUACAAGGAGGACCCCAUUGUCACAGCCAGGUCACAGCGCGAUGUCGAUGAGUUCCGCAGGAAAAAUGAGAUCACGGUUCAGGGCCGCAAUGUUCCACGACCAGUCGAGACCUUUGAUGAGGCCGGAUUCCCCAGCUAUGUCAUGUCUGAAGUCAAGGCACAGGGCUUCACCAAACCCACUUCGAUUCAAUCUCAAGGUUGGCCUAUGGCUCUUUCUGGUCGCGAUGUGGUCGGUAUCGCCGAAACCGGGUCCGGCAAGACCUUGACUUACUGCCUCCCCGCUAUCGUCCACAUCAACGCUCAGCCACUCCUCGCUCCUGGUGAUGGUCCCAUUGUCCUUGUCCUGGCGCCGACCCGAGAACUCGCAGUUCAAAUCCAGCAAGAAAUCACCAAAUUUGGCAAAUCCUCCCGCAUUAGAAACACCUGUGUCUAUGGCGGCGUUCCCAAGGGUGGUCAGAUCCGCGACCUUACUAGGGGUGUGGAAGUGUGCAUCGCUACUCCUGGCCGUCUCAUUGACAUGCUUGAGUCCGGGAAGACAAACCUGCGCCGUGUCACUUACUUGGUUCUGGACGAAGCAGAUCGUAUGCUUGAUAUGGGUUUCGAGCCUCAGAUUCGCAAGAUCAUCGGCCAAAUCCGUCCCGAUCGCCAGACUUGCAUGUGGUCUGCAACGUGGCCCAAGGAAGUCCGACAACUGGCCUCGGAUUACCUCAACGAUUUUAUUCAGGUCAACAUCGGCUCGAUGGAUUUGUCGGCAAAUCACCGAAUUACUCAGAUUGUCGAAGUUGUGUCCGAAUUCGAAAAGAGAGACCGCAUGAUCAAGCAUCUUGAGCAGAUCAUGGAAGACCGCAACAACAAAGUCCUCAUCUUCACUGGAACCAAACGCGUAGCCGACGAUAUCACUCGAUUCUUGCGCCAAGACGGAUGGCCAGCACUUUCUAUUCACGGUGACAAGCAACAGAAUGAACGUGACUGGGUCCUGAACGAAUUCAAAACUGGCAAGAGCCCAAUCAUGGUCGCUACGGAUGUCGCAUCCCGUGGUAUCGAUGUUCGAGAUAUCACUCACGUGUUGAACUAUGACUAUCCCAACAACUCUGAGGAUUAUGUUCACCGAAUCGGCAGAACAGGCCGAGCUGGCAGAAAGGGCACAGCCAUCACCCUUUUCACAACAGACAAUGCCAAGCAAGCUCGUGACCUAGUUUCCGUUCUGCAGGAGUCGAAGCAAAGUAUCGAUCCCCGCCUUGCAGAGAUGGCACGCUAUUCCGGCGGCGGUGGCGGCGGCGGCCGUGGAUAUGGUGGUCGUGGCGGUCACCGCGGAGGCCGUGGCGGCUUCACUGCCUCCAAUGCUGCCCCCCUUGGCCGGUCCAGGUGGUAA